AUGUCCGCGUCGUGUAUUAUUAUUAGAAGAAAUUGCCGUGGCGAAAGAUUUUGUCUCCAUCAUUCACCUAAACUUGAUAACAUGUCCGGCCCUACGCCAGACCGUUCAUCCCGCCUUUCGAAGGCAACUUCUCAGGUGUCCGAGAGAAUCGGAAGCAGUAGUCAACCGCUUCGUUCACAAGUCAAGAAAAACAAAGGUCUCACCACAGCCGACGCCGAAUCUCCUCAAAAAUUAUAUCUUCGAAUCAACCGGAAGUUCCUGCUUCUACACUAUCCCCUCACAGCAGAUCAGCAAGACAAACAACCAUUGCCACCACCUCCAGGCGCAACUACCAACUUGAAUGUUAUCAUCGCCAACCUUCCCGAGCUACGUCCAUUCGCCGGCGAUACUAUAGACUGGCUCGUCAAAGUAGCAAGGCUUAUCUUCGAACCACUCGGCACGACCUCUCUCUAUACCUUCAGCACCGAAUCACUCGAAUGGUGGCUGGACAGGGAGAUGGAAGCGUCACAGUGGAGGAAGGUGGUACCUGGCGAGCCGCUGAAGGCCACCAUAUACGAGUUUCGUCCCGACAAUGACGCUUCCAUACUGGCGCUCACAAGGAUGAGCCUUCGUAGCACGAGAUCCGUGACGACGAGGACAUCAGUGCCUCGAGCUGCGACGUUCCGCGGCGCUCUAUUUCAUCGCGAUCGGGCGUGCGUCGUCACGCAAGAAUACCCAGUACUAAGCACUAAAACCGGGCGGCGCAAGGCGCCUACGCUCGGCUUUUCGCCUGCUGGCUCUGUUCCUUUCGAUGACGACCGCGACACUCAAGUACUCGAGCUCAAGCGCUCAAAGUUGGAAUCUUCCGAUAUUGAAAACCUUCCUAUCACAACUGGACCGCAGAAGAAGACAAGGUUGACUAUAGAAUGCUAUGUUGAGAUCGAAGAAAUAGCUUUUGAAACUAGCGUGACGACCUACACCCACUCGUUUUCGAUGGGCCACCCUCAGGCUUUGGCGUAUAUAAGACCUGGCACCUCCCCGUCAGAAAUUCUAAUUCCUCCCACUUGCACCAAAUUCGCCUGUUUACACAACCCGACCAUGCUCUCCAUCACCCUCCCCAUCUGCCACCCCCGCGAGAUCGAGCACACUGCGGCUCUCUAUGUCAACGGCAGCGACACGUCGAUCGCGACUUCGUCUGCUGUUAUCCAACAAAUUCAUAUCGCGGCCAUUACGCAGCCAAAAUACACGCGUUCUCUUGCGCUCGUGGUCAACAAAAUGCUCCAGGAUCUCCAUUGGAGGAAUGUCCACCUGCACGUCACAUUCCAGGAAACCAUCCUCGACCUCGCCCAGUCCACCUUCCUGAACUACUGGAAUCACGUCUUCCACGGUACCCGGGCUGAACUCGACGACGAUGACGACUUCUGCGAGGUCAACAUGGACGCGAUUGACCCCUUGGCAGUUUCUUCCUACAUCGGCGACUUGUUUUCUCUCGGCCUGCUCUCUUUCAAGAUGUUCGAUCGAGCAGCUACGUACCUGGUCAGCCGCAUGACCAAGUUAUCGCACAUCCACUGCGUCUACGCACUGUUCGCGCACGCGGGUGCCUACUAUAACCCUCAGAUGUCUCGCGACUUCCUCCGUGGGUGUCUAGGCCUCGUCCGCCAGAGCGCUCCUUAUAUCAAGGACGCUUAUCCCGAUGCGAGGCUCCUGAUAGACCUCUUCCACUACCUUAUGUUCCGCAUCCCUCGCCAAAUCAUCCCACAGCGCUGGGAUAGAACCAUGAACCUCGAAGACACGUUGCAGGCGACGGUCCUCUCGCCACUGGCCUCUUCGUCUCAACGUUCCAUUUCGCGCACGAUCAGCCCGGUGUCCUUCACUGCCUCCAGCGAUUCGUCUCGGGAAUCAGAGCACGUCUACCCUGUAUCUCUGAUCCAAUCCUCGCCCGAGGCGGAGGACAACAAGAAGGCUGCAUGUGACGUUCAGUGGGACGGGGUAUAUGACCCAUCUGCGCUCGAGGGUGUCCAUGGAAUCCACCCUAUUGGAUGA